UCAAUUGAAAAUAAAAUUUUCUACCAUCAAAUUCUGAAAGGAGUCUUUGUCUAGUCUCUUGGCAGAGGAAUCACCAACUAAUCUCCCCCAGACAAGCAAGAACAGCAAAAGAGAGAUCUUGUAGAGACCAAGAAACUUUCAAAACUAAUACCUAAUUACUCCACUAACUACAACGAUCUUUCUGAAAUCCAAUAUCCCUCUUUUGAAAACCCUAAACAAAAAUUCAUGGCUGGGAUAAUAAAAUCAAGCUUCUCACUAAUUCUGGGAACAGUAUUUGGUGUGUACAUCGCGCAAAACUACAACGUUCCUAACAUCAGGAAGCUCGCUGAUAAUGGUAUGGCUACCUUCAAACACCUUGAAGAAACUUAUCGGAAGCCCAAGAAACGUGGGGAAGAUUAGCUUUUAAUUUUUGAGGUUUUUCCUUCAAUAUUUCAUCAAGAUCGUAUCUCCAAGCUACUACCAACAUUUUUUUUGUGUGUGUUUUACUGUGGUAUACAAGGGAUCAUGUCUAAAGAUUCUGACUUUUAUUCAUUCGGCUAUUAAUAAUAUGAUUGAUGUUAAUUUUGGUAUAA